AGGGUGAACAGAGUUCCUAUGGACGGACGGAUUUAACACUCUUAUCCUGAAAAUCCAGAUGGGAAAUACUAUUCCUGUUUCCGGUUGAACCGGAGCGGUGUUUUGGAGUGAGGUUCGGUGUGGUACCGGUUCUGUAGCCGUCAUGGCUGCUCACAGUAACAGCUCUAUCCGCGUGCGCGUCCUCUUCGACUACCCGCCGCCCGCGGUGGUGGACUCCCGGAAGUGCUGGCUGCUCGUGGACCUGAACACGUGUCGCGUGGUGGCGGAUCUGGAGAGUGUGAUCAGAGAGAAGUUCGGGUUCAGCCGCAGGAGCAUCCUCAGCCUCUUCAUAGACGACUGCUACCUGCUGCACACCGAGAGCGUGUACGUGGUGCGAGACAACGACAGCGUGAGGGUGAAGGUGGACUGUCUGGCUCAGGUGAACGGCCUCAGCAGCUGUCCAGACACAGCAAGUGAAACCUGCAGGAAGAGACCGAGACCCACAGAGGAGGAUGGGCCAGCGGAAAAUGGAGAGAGCGUGGAGUGGAAGAAAAAAAAGAGGAAAAAAAAGAGCGAGGAGCUCCUGGAGAGGGAUACCAAGCAGGCUUCAGGUGAUGAGAGGAACAAGAAGUCUCCUGUAAAGAAGAAGAAGAAGAAAAUUAAGAAGGCCGAGGAAAACGGCCCUACUGUCACCCUGAAACCAGCUGCCCCCCCAAAACCAGCUGCCCCCCCCAAACCAGCUGUCACCCCCAAACCAGCUGUCACCCCCAAAGCAGCUGUCACCCCCAAACCAGCUGCUUCUACCAGAAAACCCCCAGCUAGUGCCGACCAGCCAGUUAAAAGCACCAAGAAGCCCCCAGUGGCACCAGCAACCCCCCCGUGUGUCUUCUCCUCAGACUCCAGUAGCAGCAGCAGUGAGGAGGAUGAAGCUCCCAGAAAACCAGCUGCCCAGAAAGCAGCAUCCAGAACGCCCUCCUCCACCCCCGCUGCUGCUUCCAAGGCACCUCCAACCACCACCCAGACAAAAUCACAGCCUCCUUCAUCAUCCUCUUCUGAGAGCUCCUCUGAUGAGGCCACCGCUGUAAAGAGCCUGCUGAGAACCACCUCCACAACCCCCAAAGGAAGAAGAAGAGCUGACUCUAACCCUCAGCAGGCUCCUCCUGCCCUGCAGCCCACAAACGGUGCACAGAAACGGGCCGCCAGCGUAGCGGUGCCCCCUCACGAUAAAACUGCGACACCUUGUGACUCAGACAGCGAGGAGGAGAUCAAGCUGGUGAUCCGACGGCCGAUGCAGCAGCCGGGCCUCGGUACGGGUGGUCAGUGGUCUUGGAGAGGCGGCGGCAGCCGAGGAGAGAGCAGGCGUGGCGGACCUGGAGAGAGGGGACGGGGUGGAGGUCGAGGGGGCAUCAGAGGGCACAGCGACAGCUCUGAGUUGAGCUGUAACGGAGCCACGGAGCCGUCCUGCCACACUGACUCACUGAGCAACGUGUCAGUCGUCCUCCAGAACGGAGCAGAAGGAGCUCCCAAACAGGACUACAGCUCUAUGCCGCUGCUCGCCGCCCCCCCUCAGGUGGGGCAGAAGAUUGCCUUCAAGUUACUGGAGCUGACUGAGAACUACACACCAGAGGUCUCAGACUAUAAGGAGGGAAAGAUUGUGACCUUUGACCUAACAACCAAACAGAUUGAGCUGGAACUACUCAAUACCUGUCAAGCUCCUGUUGAGCCUGGUAAGUUUGACCUGGUCUAUCAGAACCCAGAUGGCUCGGAGAGCGUGGAGUACGCAGUGACCAGAGGCUCUCGGGUGACAGAACGGUGGGACUCCCUGCUGGAACCUAGGCUGGUCCUUUAAAUGGGACCUGAUGGAUCUGCCUUUUCUCUUGUUAACUUUAUGUCAGGAUCCUUGAACUUGUUAAACUGGGUAGUCACUUUGGUACAUUGCAUACGGCCGCUAAGGAAUAUGAUUAUAUUCUCUCCUCUGUUCUUCUCAAUAUGUCAUCACUUCACACAGAAGAGCUACUGCAGGUCUAAGUGUUGACAACAUGGGGUGGGGGAUUAGAUUGUCAAAUACUGUUUUUUUUUAAUCCGUUGGUGGAAUGAGUGAUGGCUUCGAGGACUGGGACAUACUAGUUUUAUGUUUUGUACAGAGAUGUGACUGUGGAUAUCAGUCUUGUAUAAACAUUUUUCUAAUAAAACAUGUUGUAUUAUUCCAAUGUG